ACAGCCCCAACUCAGUAAAUAAAGAAGGCUAAAAAAAAAAAAAAAGUUUAUAGUACAAAGGAAGUUAUCAAAUAGUAAUUCAUUCAAGAGCAAGGAUAGUAGCCCCAACUCUAAUUCAAACCCACACCAAUUCAUUUCCCCGACUCAUUGAUAUUUUCCCGCCAAACUGGAAUCAGACCUUUCUUUGCAAGAUUCUCCAAGAUACUUCUCCUCUCUCUCUUUUUCUCUCUCUCAUGGAUGGUCUCUACAACACACACGUAAAGCUCCUCGCCUUCGAUUUGCUUUCUCUCACUCCGACCUCCUCAGAUCCACCUUUUUUUUCUCGCAGAGGCACGCCCCUCUCACGUGCCGAAACCCUCGGCGUCGUCACCAGCCGAGAGCUCAAAUACGACAGAUUCCUCAGAUUCACUGUUGACGACGGCACUGGUUGCGUCCCCUGCGUCCUCUGGCUCAACCAACUCAAUUCCCCACACUUCUCUCGCCGCAACCCAUCAGAUGUUCGAUUAAUUGCCGAUAUGGCCGCCACUUUCGCCUCCAAGAUCCAGAUCGGCGUGGUCGCCCGGGUUCGCGGUCGGAUCACCGCCUACAGAGGUACCCUUCAAAUUACGGUUUCUGAUGUUGUGAUUGAGAGAGACCCCAAUGUAGAGAUAUUGCACUGGUUGGAUUGCAUUAAGUUGGCUCGCAAGUGUUACGAUGUUACACCUUGCAAUAAUUAGAACUACUAGUGAUUCUGUGAUUGUUUAUAGUUAAUGAAUUGUGCAUUUUCAAAUAUUGUCCAUUAAUUAAAAGCUUUGUUCUUGUCAUCUUGUUAGUUGUUACAAUUCAAUUA